AUGGGAGAAAUUCGUGAUGAAUUUGAUAAGAUUGACAAUGGUAUUCGUAAAAGAAAGGAUUCUGCUCGUAAUCAAGAAAAGUCAUCCGAACUAGAAGCCAUCAAAUGGAAUCAAACAGAGGAUUUUACUACUUAUACAACAAGAUUUUGCGAACUUGUUGAUGAUGCCGGACUGAAUGAUGCACCUGAUAAAUGCAAAGUAGAAUUAUUUUUGCAAUCACUUCCACAUGAUCUCAAUAAUAUUGUUCAAAAACAAAUCAAACUUCAGAAAGUUAUUAAUAGAGGCUUCCAACCUACUUUUGAAUAUGUAAUUACAAUUGCAACAAUGCAUGUUGAUGAAAUCAAAAAUAAAUCUUUAACCCAAUCACUCUGCUCGUUAUAUGAAGUUGUUGUUUUCAAUAAUAAGGAGACAGUUUUCCGUUACUUCAUCAUGUCAUUCGUAAUUUUUCUAGUAUUUUUGGUUCCAUAUAUAUUUUUUGAUAAACCAGAUGACUCUAUUUUUCGAGAUUUUGCAAAAUCAACUGAAGAUAUAGUCUCGAAAAUCAAUUCAGCCGAUCUUCCAGGAUCAAACGAGAUCAUGAAACAUACAGUAGAAUGUAAAAGAACUGCAAAUCUAAUCGAAAGAGAUCCAGCUUUUAAAGAUACAGGAGCUAUAAUUGCUACUAAGCUUCGAAAAUUUGGGGAAAGUGUUAUGGAAGCAGGAAAUGAUCUACAAGUAAUGUAUCGUAAAGGAUCCUAUGUCUUUGAAACUUUUAAAAUUGAAAUCGGAAUCAUGAUGAAUAGACUUGAUAUUCAAGAACCUAAUAAAGGCGAUUUCUUUAAAGAAAGAAUUAACAAAAUGAUUUUAGUGGUUCAAGAUUUUAGUAAUAAAAUUAAGAAAGCCAAAGACUCUAUUAUAGAUGCAGAGAAUAACCGAGAUGGACUUGAAAAGGAACUUAUAAGCGGAAUUAGAGAAGCAGAAAAGUUUAUGGAAUUAAAAGGAUUCUGGAAACCUGAUUCGGUUGAUUUGAGGAAAGCCGAAAAUGGAUUAGCUACAGUUAAUAACAUUUUUUUCCAUCUUAAAGGAGCAGCUUAUCGAUUGGAUGAUAUAAUUAAGAACUUGAGAAGAUAUGAAAAUAGUUUAUUCGAUGUAAACGCAGAAUUGGGAAGCAUUUUUAUUGUUACUAAACAGGAUUUUAAUUAUUUGUUAAAUUCUAUCGAUGUUUUGCAGCGUUACCAUCGCAAAUUUAUGGAAAAAGAAAAUAGUUAA